UUGACACCUUUAUAUUAUUUUGCCUUUAUAUUUGUACAAAGCUCAAAUGAGACAUUUGCUCAAAUUUGGAGGGAGGAUGACAUAGUCAACUUAAGGUUUAGUGGGUGGUCAGCUAGGAUGACUGGUACCCCAAAAUAUGUAUUUCUCAUUUCUGGUUGGUGUAGGUAGAAUCAUAUGAAGUAGAAUACUACUAUUCUUUUAAGAGUUCAGUUCAUGGGAUGCCACUUUUCUGAAGCUUUUUAGACGUGUGCCUCAGUAUUAUCUACCUAUCCUUCAAAUUUUGGGAUAACCUAAGAGAUUCAAACCACCAUACCACAACAUCAUAUCCCUUUCUUUCCCUUUACCAUUCGUCUUUUGAAUGCGCCGAUCCCAUCUUUCUCCAUUCAAAAAUCAUUGCGUUCUGAAUCGGGAUCUUAGAAAAUGAAACUAAAGACAUUGUUUCACUUCAAAGCUAAGGUGAUUGAGCCUUGUAGUAAACUUUUAUCCAUGUUUAAGCAUAAUUUUGAAAAACCUUCAUUCUCUUCAAGGACUCCUACAUUUCGAAUGCCUAAACGUCGCACUAAACCCAAACUCAGAACGAAAGUUGUCAGGUUCAGAAAACCAUUCUCCAUUAAAGCUUUUAGAUUCCCUCGUUGCCGUCCCAAGAAUAAAUUCCGAUUGAGGAAAAGCCGCCCUUCUCUCUCUAAAUUCAAGAAACGUUUUCGCAGGAAGAAACACGCUCAAUCUGCCAAAAAACCCAUAAAAAAGGUACGCAUUGCUGAACUUCUAACAGUUCUAUUCUCCCUAAGAAAGACUAAAGACACGGAUAGUGAAGGAACCGAUCAAACCAUGGGGGAUCCUAGAAGUGUAAGUCCAUCAGAAGGUGGACAUGCUAAGGAGCCGUUCCCUUCACCUAUAACACCGGGGUAUGUAAGGAUAAGUGAUGACAGUAAGAAAGAGAGCUCGGAUGAUCUUGAGGAGGAUGAAGACAUGUGCAAGAGUUUCGAGAAUCAUUUGGUGGAGAUGAUCGUUGAAGAAGGGAAGGUUAAGGACUUGAUGGAUGUUGAGGAGCUUCUGUAUUGUUGGGGGAAUUUGAAGAGUCCAGUUUUCAUUGAUUUGGUGUGUAGGUUCUAUGGGGAGUUGUGCAAGGACAUGCUUUCUUCCUCUCAAGAAAAUGAGAGCACUCAAGAGACAAGUACCUCAACAGAGUUAUAGUCCAAUGCAUCUUCAUCUUUUAUAGUCUAUGUUAUUACUCGGACUCGAGUACCAUGUCAGGAUACUACAAUGUUUUCAAGUAGCAGAUAAGUCUAAAUAUUCAAUUUAACGUCUAAAAUGAAGAGUCUAAAUGCUAUACCAAUGUCCAACCAUUAAGAAUUGAACACAGAUACGUGAAGCAAAAUGAAGAGUCUAAGUAACAUAGUUUAUAGUACUCUUUACCAAGUUCAUCCCUUUGAUGUUAAAUUGGUUUUUUCUCCCUCUAUUUACAAGAAUCUUAACACUAUGAAGCAAUUACAUGUCGCAUGGGGGCGGCCCAAAAUACACUCUGAUAUUACUGAUUUCGUUUAUUUUAUAUUUUUUCAUAUUUUUAGAGCCUAAAAACAAGUAUUUAAACUAAGUCAAAGAUUGUAUAAAUUUAUGUCAAUUAAUAUUUAAGGCCCUUAAAUUAAGAGUUCUAUACAACUGAAAAUCUUAUACUUUUUAGAAAACCACCCUUAAUUGUUGCAUCCCAAGAAUUCUUCAAAAGUAAGUUACGUUGUCUUAUUUAAUUUGCAAAUUUCUCCCAUUAAGUUGGUAUGUAGUAUUUGGGAGGAAAAAGGUCGCAAAUAGUAACGGAUGGUGGAGACGUCCUCUGUUUAGUUUAUUUUGUGUUAGCUUGUCAGGUUGCUAAUAUGUUACCCAUGUAACUUGUAGCAAUAUGGAUUAAACCAUAUUCGUUUUAAAUUUGUUGGAACGUGAAUAUGUAGAGGUAUUCAUUUGAGUUAUUGCACUGAUUUUGAGUUGAUUUAAAAUCAAAUCUUGUAUCUACAUUGGUAUUUAAAUAAUUGUGAAUCAAUUUUUAAGUUGGGGCAAAUCGAAUUUGAUUAUAAGAUCGGGUGAUAAUUGGAUCAUCGGAUCUAUUUUGAAUACCUCUUGCUCUUGCAAUGCUACAAAUAUCAAAAGAAAAUGUAACCGUCUCGAAUUAUGAAGGCAAACAUUAAUUGGAAUUUAGUAUUAAUCAAGCGGAAAUUUACUUUUGCCAACACAAAUAAGGGGUUACUUAAAAGUCAAACCAAUAUCCAAGUAAAAUACUUGAACCAAACCAAAGCAAUAUAACAGAAGUCUUAAUUGUCUAAAAUAUAGGAAAAUUACAACCAAAUCGAAAUAAGUCCAAAGUUUAAAUUACAUCUUUAAAAUAGUCUAAAUCUAAACAACUAAACUAAUAGUCUCUCAAAUACAAUAAAGAGAUCUAAACAAAAGGGGAGUCAUACUCCAACACGGGUUCAUCUUCUGUUCGCAUAUCCAUUCUCCGUCGAGGUGUCAUAGGGGUUUACUCUAAAAACAAAACCUUUGGAAAAACAUAUAAAGUAUAGUAUCAGCAAAAAGGUUGAGUAUAAACACACUAGUGUCCGUCAAACAAGUUAUUAAAACCUUUUUGAUUUGAGUAAAUUCAUUUUGAAAUAUGCUUUUUCAUUUGAUAAAUCAUAUUAUCAUUCAAAUCCAGUUCAAUGGCUCUAUAGUCAUUUCAAAUUCUCAUUUUUCAUCAUAAAUCAUAAUAUCUCAAAAUGGAUCCAAAUCAAUUUCAAACUCAUAUCAUAAGUUUACAUGGGUACUUUGUGAGUCAUCCUGUGAAUCGUUUAGUAGUCGGUCUACCGUUCGCGACAUGUCCGGCAAGUGUAACAUAAUGG